AAGUACGAGAGGUUCGAGUCGAUCCUCGACCAGAAAUAAAGCAGCAUCUCGAAGCCUGUGUACAGAAAGCUCGGACUCGUCAUGUUUAAAUUCAUUAUUCUAGCUGUCGCGGUCGCCGCGGCUAACGCCGCUCCAACAUCUCCAUCGACAGCCAAACAGGAAACUUCCGCCGACUCUAUCCCCCUACCAACCCCUACACCGGCUCCAGCACCAGCUCUAGCACCGGCUCUACUAACUUCGCCACCUUCGUCAUUGGCUGCAGCAAGAUCUCCCGCAUCCGCAAAGGCUCUCACUACGAUAACCGAGAUAAAAACACCAGCCUCGACAACGAAACUAUCGCAUCUGGUAGCACCUCUAGCGACCUCCGUAGCUGCGGCCCCCAUUCUCUCGCCUCUACAGGUGUCUGCGUACGCUUACGCGUUGCCAGCGCUGGCGCCGCUCGAACUAGCAGCAGCACCUUCCACUUACUCGAUCGAACAGCACGGAUAUCGCAUUAUCUACUGACGUCGUGAAUCGUGAAUCAUCGUUCGUUCUGGGAUUCAGGCGGUAACAACGCAUCCUCUAACGUACCAACAUGCAGAAAACGGCUUCCCUUCUCACCAGUCAUCUCCUCUCCAUGUAUCGUGCAUCGAUAAAUUCACUCGAAUCACGUAACAUUAAUUCGUUUCAAAUACACAUCAGUUCAUAAAA